GAAACCGCGCGUCCAGUGAGCCAAGCAAGCAAGCAAGCAAGAGACCGACCGACGGGAGGGCGGUCGGACAGACAGACAGGCGGAUGGACGGGCAAACAGACGGCGCUGGGUCCCGCUGCACUUGGUUGAGCCGAGAGAAGUGACGGCGAGCAACGAGCGGGUGGCUGACAAGGCGGAUAGGAGAGCCACAGAGAUCCAGGUAGGCUGAAAACAGGCAGGAGCCAGGCUAGGCACCGAACAGGCAAGCCACCGAGAAAGGAAGUGAGCAGGCAGGCAGGCAGACGAACAGACAGAAAGGCAGCCAAGAGCCAGUUAGCCGGGCUGAAAGCAGGCAGCCAGGGAGCCAGGCUGGAUGCUGCAACGGCAGCGACCAGUCAGGAACAUAGACACACACAGACAAAGACGAACAGAUAAACAGACGGUCGGAUUGUCGUCGUCGUCGUCACUCACGCGACUGGAAGAUCGUCUGUGUGACCUGUGAGACUGCGCUGUUGUGAGUAUGAGUGAGGGAGCUGCUAGACAGCAGUGAAACGGCAGUCAGAGCAGGCGCAGCAUCAGCGGUUGGAAAGAACACUGACGACGACGACGACUGUGGGCUUCAAUCACUUGCGUGUACCGCUACUAUUACGAGUAGAACAACAAUUAUUAUUACAUAUGUAUCUAUCAUUUAUGGUGUCUGUGCUGAGUGUGACGGAGUCAUCACUGCGACUAGUGGAACAGCCGUAGCGGCAACGGAAGGUGCUAGCUCCCCCGGAGACCAGCCACCCCCCCAAACAUCAAUAGCAGCAGCAGCAGUGAUCUGUGUGUCGUUUAAAGGUAAAGGGGUGGCGCUCAGAUUACUCUGCGCGAGAGUAGGAUCGCCGAAAACAACCUGAUCGCGUCAUCAGUUUGCACUAGUACGACAAUAGAGAGCCUAUACGCCGCUGCGGCCACUGCCAGCAGUUGAAGCUGGUGUUAGUUGUAGUGAACGUAAGCAGGACGGACCGAUGGACCCAUGAACAAACGAACGAACUGAUAGGCAGCAGCAGUAGCAGCAAACAUCCCUGGCAGUUUAGAACAACAACGGCUGCAGAAGUCGAAUUAGCAGCAAAACAGCGGUAGCUGUUGCUAUCGUCAUCGUCAGGACCGUCAACAAUACCAAAACGAGCUGAGCUGAAUCAAGGCAAUCUACAGCUGUCUAGGGAGCAGUUCGCAGUCGUCAACCGUCGGCAGUCCUCUAGCUAAACACUGCAGCACAAGCAACCCUCAACUGGACAAUCAGCAUUUAUAUCAUCGUGGCGAUUGCAGUUGUUCCCGUUACGAGCUUCUUGCGACGGCUUUAUGAGCUAUAAUAAACGACCGUGCAUUCAGAAGCGUUCUUAUCACCAACGAAAACAAACACCGCUAUUAUUUAUCGGCCGCAGCCAAUGAUAAUGAUAAAAAUAAUAAUGGGACGAUAUUAAUUGGUGUGGUGAUUCAAUUUAGACGGCCAGUAUAUUUCCUCUGUCUCUUUACAAUAUUUAGCCACAGUGAGCAAGUACGGACAACUAAUCCGUUGAUCGUCACAAGUAUCAGCUAAAACAAAGAGAUGACUGUCAGUACUGCCAACGUCGUCAUUACCUUCCACUCUAUUAUGUAAACUGUUGCUGUUGUAACCGUUACUGGCGAAGUCGCGAAUCCGCUAGUGCCCGCGAAAUUUGAAUUAAGAGUGUACUGCCGAGUAUUUAUUGGUGAAGUCUGCGUCUAUCUUUGGACGUCUGUGCUCAGUAGUACGGAACGAAAACAACAACAGUGUUCCGCGAACUACAACGAGCGAGCGACUGGGUACGAAGCGGUAAGGGCGCUGACUAUCCCCACUAUCGUCGCUGCAGUUUUCACUAUAACCCGUUGCAGCAGCAACAGCAGAGCGAGAAUUGCUUCUGGCAUUAUCUUCAAUACCGCUGGUACCGUGCAACGUUUCACGUGUACGUCGUGGAGCUGUCCCUCUGUAGAUUGUACCUCAAUCACGCUAGCCACUUUAGCAGUAGAGGUAAGACGAAACAGCAACAGCAACUGGGGCCUGCUGCAGGUGUCCUGCGGCGAUAUUCGUUUGCGUCAGGUUAUUAUAGCUCUAAAGAUGGUGGUAACAGGUAAAAUAUUUUCUAGUAGCUGGAGGUAGCGACAACGAGCUAGACCACACAGCCUGUCGGCCGAUAGGCAUAACCAGCAGCAGCGUCUCAAUUUAGUGAGCCAAUCGCGCUUUCGGUGGGAGUGAGCUGAAAUGAUAACGGCGCUGACCGUGGCAGACCCGCUGAAAACUCCACUCCGAAUUAUACUACGGCAAAAGGCAGUAAGAACAGCAACAAUACUAUCGCCACAGCAAUAACAGCCUCUGCCGAAACAACAAUUAACAAUAAGUGAUUUUUCUUCGCCCCGUCGUGGUUCAACCGAAAAACCUUCUACAAGACACUUCUAGUAUUACCUACACUAGAAUAUCUGAUAGGCCUGUCUGCAUCUGGACUUCGUCAAUUUAUUCUGCUACCGGGCAAUUCUAUAUAGUGCCGUGGAUACAACCGAAAUAGGGUAACAAAGAAAUACCAGUGUUCAGUAGUUUUCGAAAUACUUUACUAGUCAAUUCAUCAAAAAACGCGCAAGCAUAUGGACAAUGAAAGAACAGAUCAAACGAGAUGCCAACGUAUAUAGUCGAUAAUACAAACAGGUAGAACAGCGAUACACUGCGCACUGGUGAGUCCUACUAACGAAAGACAAACGGCUUACGGUUCGCAUGGAAGGUAGUGUCCAUACGACAGAAACAACAAUCAGCAACAGAAAAUAUAUGCAGCAACUAGCCGACGAUCUCCACAAAAAUCUCACCUAACCUGUUGUCUCCUAAGAAGGCUAGAAACAGUAGCAGCAGCAGUGGAAGAAAGAACAACUCUAAAAUUACCGCUAAUGAUAAUAAUUUUCCAAAAGGGAAACAUUGUCACAUCAAUAGCUAGCAAUAAUAUUAGCAGCUGACGUUCGGAAGAGGACAGAGCUAAGGGCCUCUGCGCUUGUUCGCAUCACACAUCAGUCCACUGAUCAAUUCCGUUUUUUCGAAAAAUUAGACACCCAAUAACAGCGGUAUACGUCAACUCAGCUGUCGCUUCUGUUGCCGCCCCCGUCGCUGGGGUGUCUACUCGAAUGUCCUUCUCGCCGAUAGUGCGCGUGUCGAUUUAUGAGACUGUCCGUUCGUCAUUUACUACAAUUCCUAUAUGUACCUAAAUUGGUCAGACGACUGUCUGUCAAUGUAUUCUGGAUGUCUGUGUGCUCGCGCGCGUUUUGUUCGUUUGUCGCUCAGCGGUAUCUCAAUAUUCACACUGCUUUAGACGGUCACCUAUAAUAAUAGCCACUCUGUGUUGUAGCAAAUUACAAUCAAAACAACAACAGUAGCAGUAGUGCAACUAACAAGAGAAAGACGAACACGCACAGAAAAAUAGUGACAUUUCGAUCCAGCACUUGCGGGUCCACUUUGGACAGGGCGGAAAGUGCAGAACAUCAAUCGCCGUCGUGUUCCUGCUGUUGAGGGGAUCGAGGCGCUACAAGAAGCGAGACACCAGAGCGGCCAAAGGAAGAAGUACUACCGCCACUAAUUCCAGCGGUAUUGAUUCAAAUAUAUUUUAAAAAUAGAAAAGAAGCUUGUCAUCUUUCUAUCCCGAUCUUCGUAUCCCGUUGUAUCAGUUGCCUCACCGACUUUAUUGUUCCGCCGCAUAGCUUCGCAGCUGUAAGAAGGAUGUUGACGAUUCUUCAACUUAAAUUUUGAGCCCUUCCUGCUUGAUCCAGCUACUAAAUCCUAAUUCAUAAAGGAAAAAGCUUAUUACAGGCGAAAAGAACGAAAAUGACAACCAGUAAACAUAAAGCAUGCGUGAUGCUGUAAGGAAGUAACCGCACAAUCGGGCGACAACCGUGGGCAACAACAACAACAACAACAACAACAACAGCAACGUAAUAGAGAUGCGGAAUUGCAUUGCGCUAUAAUAGUACCGAUCGUAUGCGCAAUUACUAGUGAUCUAGCUACAACCAAUAACCAGUACCAACCAGCAAAUCCCGCGAUUGUUUAUCAAUGCCAGCCGGCCAAUUGUGGCCUGCGUCUACUAUGACUGUAUGAAAGCGGCUGUAACAAGAAACAACGACAGCGGUACUACUAAUAUUACUGUUAGCAGCAGUUCGUAGAGGAGCAACUGUACCGACGAAUUAUACACAGUUCUCAUCAUUAUUGUUACUAGCAGCGGGAAACACCUCAGUGGCGGCAGCUGUGACCGUUUUGAGCGCGGCCGCGCCAUCACUGCUUUAAGGUAUUGCAGAAUCUGACGGUUAGCAAGUGCUUGUCUCAGAGACCACCAGCUUUCGGCUAUCGUCGAAGAGUUUGUCAAGGAAUUCAGUCUAAUUACUGGCCGCUGCUGGCCGCUGACCAAAAGCGGUCGGCGUACGAGUCAGCGACGCGCACCCUCGGCAGGAGAACGUUGGUGCCAAAGACAGGAAAGCAGUCGAAGGCACGUCUGAGAGCCGGCACCAGCGAGACAGACCUUUGCCGUGAGACAGCCAUAAAGAAAGAUAAAAAUGGCAAAAUAGCUCAAGAAAGAGAAGACGAUUGUGAGAGAAAGUGUUUUCCUGUCUCUCUUGUUCCAGUCGCAAAGAAAAGAGCCAACGACGGGUGGCCUCCACGGGAAAACAGUACGUGAGCGCCUGUAUAUCUAUUUGGGCGUGCGUGUCCUGCUACUUCUAAGAGUCUCGUUCUUGAGCUUCUCGAACAAAAGUGCGGGUAGAUAAAGAUACACGGCCCGUACUGACAGUAACCUUUCCUUUUUCACCAUGCAUUUGGCUAGUUACUUAGCUAUCAAGCUAGUAAACAAAAAAGAAAGACGAGCCACUGAGCACCGCUGAGGCCGCUGUCAACACCAACAGCGCUGGUUGCCGCAGCAGUAAUCUUCAUCCAGCAGUGUCUCCACACUGCUGCGCUAGUGAGCGAGCGGGUAAGUGAGUCUGCCGUCUCGGAGGCAGCAGCAGCAACUGCGGCAUCACUAGCGUCGUCGUCUUUGCGGCCUGCAAUGGGCCUGCAGUAGACAACGACGACGACUAGUCGAGCCCCCAUAGCGUGGUCGUGCAGUGGUUAGUGGCGCUGGUUCUCGUUGUUGGUGCGCGAUCGAGCAACAAACAGGCAGCUGACGGACGACGACGACGGCAGUUUCAGCAACGGUACUGGUGCUGACGGCGGCAGCGGUAGUGCCGCCUGUAGCAGCCGAAAAAGCAGCCCCGAAGUUGGCAAGUGGCUGCCACAGCAGCCAACUGAGAAAGAAAUAAAGCAGCCGUUAGCAGCCGUCGGUGAAUCUGUCUCCACCGAGUACUGUCGUCUCCAGUGACUGAGCGAACAGCAACAGCCGAGUGGCGGCCUGACGGCGGCGGCGGCGGCGGCGGCGGCGGUGGUGGAAAGACGCUAGACAGACAGGCAGGCAAGCUGGACGCUGGUCUAAAGAGCGUCGUCGUCGUGUUAUUGUUGUUGUUGUUGUUGUUAUAGAGCCGUACACGCUCGCCGACGCUGGUCGUUGUCAUUCGUUGCUUUGGACGAUAGGAACAAGUAGCAGUAGACUGGUGUUGCUGGAGAUUGUUGUUAUGCUGCUGAUGUUAGUGGAACUACCGUCGCUCUGUGGGUGUGUUGUGUACGCGCGUGUCUCUUUGUGUAAAAGAGUAAAGGCAGAAUCAGCAGGGAUCUUGAAGACCGAACUACCAUCACCGCUAGUAGGUUGUUGUUGUAUAAUAAAAUAUAACGGAAAAGGUGUAAACGAAGAAACAAAUCCCCAACUGAAAAGCUAUUGAAGAAAUAACAAUUACACUGUAUUGAUGAUAGUUAUUAUAACUAACUCCAAAUCUCGACUACGAAAGCAUCGACCAGAACAGAAGGAAGAGAUAUCUGAAACUAACAUUGUAUCAUUACAUCUAGAUUAAUAAUAAUAAUAUUGAAAGUGACUGCGUUCUUCAGUUGUGUUCAGUUCACCCGACGACGAUCCAACGUGUGUCCAACUAAUUACAGACGCAAGAAAACGAAGAAGAAUCUAAAAUCUAGUCGAAACAGUGGAUACUCCAAUUAGUGGAGAUUGUUAAUAGUCAUAACAAAUAGUAAAGUAAUUAACUAGCCACGGUGUGAAGUAAAGGCCGUAUCAGUUGAUGGUCGAGCCGCCCGGGACUGUGAGUGUUCUACUUCAAACAACCGUUACACGGUCACCAUCUUAUAAAGAGUUACAGUAGCAGCAGCAGUAUAGUGUAUCCAUUCCUCGACAGUUUAUUGUGACCUUCUAUUAACAGCUGACGCCAGAUUGAAAAAUACCAUUAUAACACCGUAAAGAAACAUGUCAAGUAACGCCACCUCCAACUCCGGGGGCUCAUCGACCCCCUCUUGCUCGACCGCACAGGCUUCUAGCAGCAAACAGACCUCAACCAAUACCACCGAACGGGUCGUCAAAAGUGUCCCUUUCCCUCCAUCACACAAGCUGACGAUCAGCGAGGUGUUCGAUGCAAAGACCGGCAAGCCACGCGUCGACGUCCUUAAGCAGCACUUUAUCCAUGAAGGCCGCAUUGAGGAGGCAGCUGCUCUUAAGGUCAUCAAUGAGGGCGCUGCCCUCCUGCGCCAGGAGAAGACUAUGAUCGACAUCGAGGCACCUGUCACAGUAUGUGGUGACAUCCACGGACAGUUCUACGACCUCAUGAAGCUAUUUGAGGUGGGUGGCCCUCCAGCUACCACCAAGUAUCUCUUUCUGGGGGACUACGUAGAUCGAGGAUACUUUAGUAUUGAAUGUGUAUUAUACCUGUGGGCCCUGAAGAUAUGCUAUUCAAACACACUCUUCCUGCUGCGCGGUAACCAUGAAUGUCGCCACCUUACAGAGUACUUUACCUUCAAGACCGAGUGUAAAAUUAAGUACUCAGAACGUGUAUACGACGCAUGCAUGGAGGCCUUUGACUGUUUGCCGCUUGCGGCUCUUAUGAACCAGCAAUUCCUCUGCGUGCAUGGCGGUCUUUCGCCCGAAAUACAUACCCUCGACGACAUCCGGAGGUUAGACCGGUUCAAGGAGCCUCCGGCGUAUGGUCCGAUGUGCGAUCUAUUGUGGUCGGACCCCCUUGAGGACUUCGGCUCGGAGAAGAGUUCCACUGAACAUUUUAGCCACAAUAGCGUUCGCGGCUGCUCGUACUUUUACUCGUACGCAGCGUGCUGCGACUUCCUUGCGCAUAACAACUUGCUGUCGAUCAUCCGCGCCCACGAGGCCCAGGACGCCGGUUACAGGAUGUACCGCAAAAGCCAAACGACCGGCUUUCCUUCACUCAUCACCAUAUUCAGCGCGCCCAACUACCUCGACGUGUACAACAACAAGGCGGCCGUGCUCAAAUACGAAAACAACGUGAUGAACAUUCGCCAGUUUAACUGUUCUCCGCACCCAUACUGGCUGCCCAACUUCAUGGACGUCUUCACCUGGUCCCUGCCCUUCGUUGGCGAGAAGGUGACGGAGAUGUUGGUGAACGUGCUGAACAUAUGUUCAGACGAUGAGCUGAUGACUGAGGGCGACGAUACAUUUGAAGGCCUGCCUGGUGGAGUAGACUCGACGGAGGACAGCGGAGCAGCCAGCGCACGCAAAGAGGUUAUUCGCAACAAAAUUCGUGCUAUUGGCAAGAUGGCUCGGGUCUUCUCUGUGCUGAGGGAAGAGAGCGAAAGCGUUUUACAACUCAAGGGUCUUACUCCUACCGGUACACUCCCGAUGGGAGCCCUGUCGGGCGGCAAAACGUCGCUACACAGCGCACUUGCCGGAUUCUCGCCGAACCACAAGAUUGCCAGUUUCGAGGAGGCGAAGGGGCUGGACAAAAUGAACGAACGCAUGCCCCCACGAAAAGAUGCGCCACCAACGCCCGACGGAAGACCCCCUGCUUCCUCAUAGGUAGCAGUGGUAAUCAAGGGACACAACAACAAGAGCAGCAACAACAGAUAAUAGUACCCCUUGAAUACCCACGACGAUGCAUGACCGUCCCACAAUACCACAUCUCACAGCCUCCGCCAUCAUCAAUCACGGUUUAUAUUCGGCCCGUCGUUUUCCGAUUUUGUUGGGAAAAGGAUAAUACUAUCAACAUAGGGCGACAGCUUAUACGGCAUAAGCCCAUCCAUAGUCAUACAUACGCAGAUGCAACCUUGGAGGGCACAAUCAGCAGAGUUGCCGGUUAAGGCUGUCGCGCAACAUACUACCAACGCCCAAAACGCCUCACAAUAGCAAAUAACUGGAAAUCAUCACCUCCGACCCAACCAGCCUGAAGAUCACUGCAGAUUUCUGUAGUACCACAUUCAAAAUGACAUCCCGUAGAAUGUAAUUGGUCGUGCCCGCCCGGAAGCGCAGGUGAAAGAUCGAGGCUGAUGGUAUCGACCGGCAAAUGUUAAAAAGGACCGUUCCAUAAAGAUUAGAACAGGAAUAAAUUAAUUGAUUAGAUCAAACUCACUUUCUCUAGGGGAGACUGAUUUGGUCAUAAACGGCAUAGGGAAAACAUAGAAAGAAGAAUUAUAGAAGAUGUGCGCAUGUUAUAUAGAAGGAGAGAACGAUGCAGCUUGCCUUCUAGUUUCUCCCUGGAUAAGCAAAGCGACAAAAUUAUAGCUCUUUAAUGAAUGGGCUGAUAAUUAGGGAAUGCGGCGACACAAAUACGAGUCACAGGUUUCGUCGGGUUCAGACGACGGGAAAAUACGGGACUAAAGUAAAUCUCGUGGAACAGUUAAACGGAAGCUAAUAGAUAAAUUACCUUCUCUCCCGUCUUCUGCAUAGUCAAAAAUCAGUUCUCAUUUCUUACAAAGGUUUAGAUCUUACAGACAUCCAGAGCAGCUUUUCAUGAUAUACUCUGAUAGUGUGCAGCGCCAUAAUCAUGUCGUAUACAAUGGUCGUAUAUAUAAUUACAUAAGCACCGGCCGACAAGCCCACCCCGGUUGAUACAAACCUAUAUAUCGUAUAAAGCCAUUGAUUGAUAACCAAUAUAACUGUUAUUUAUAUUAUAUAAAAUCCUGUCUAAGAUUUUCAUUGGGACUAUAAGUUGUACUGUUAUGUUUGUUAACAGAUUUAUUGAAAAAAAAAAGCAAUGGAAUUUAUUAAUAUAUUGCCAGAUAAUAUGAUGCCGACGAAUGGCGGGUUAUUGAAUUGAGUUUAUUAUUGUAUGACAAUUUUGUUGAUACGGACCGUGAUAUGUCAGUUCUUAGUAUCGAAGUGUACAUUACCUAGCUCGAAGCAGUAAAAAUAAUAAUAUGUGACUGCUUUCCUCAGAAUAUAACGGCUAUCCUUUAUCACGCUAUCAAAAUAGACAGUGAUGUCCAUCGCUAUCGCGAAGUAAUGCCAUAUACCUUUGCUGCUACCGUUGUUACUAGUUUUCUAGUUCUAUUCAGCGUAGCAAUUGCUAUAGCCUUAAUUGGAUAUAAUAUGGCACAGGACCAUAACGGCGAAAAAAAUCAUCAUUGAUUCACAAACCUUUUCUAUUUGAUUAUAGAAAAGCUUCCUCGGUUGAAACAAGUUAUUGGAUAGUUGAGCAUUCGAGGUUAGGAAAGAAAAAUCAAAUUAAAAGCCAAUUUCAUGACUCAUCGAGAGAUUGUUAUGGCGUCGUGAGGGUAGUAAAUUGACGACUAAGAUGAACAAAAUCAAAUAAUACUACGAAGAAACUGAACAGUUUAGCUGAAUGCAGCCACUUGUUAUGUUAGAAAAAAUUGAUGCUAGGUUUUCGAAGCGCCACAAGAGGUAAGUGAGCGAAACUGAAGUUAUCGAUUCUGAUGUCUCAACGUUAGCGAAAGCUACAAGUUCAACAUGAGUCGAAGGAUAGGGAUGGAAAGGAUUAUUGAUCGUCAAGCUUUAAAGUUAUUCCUUUGGGCAAAUUUCGAAAAAGCUGCAAAUGAGCACAGCCACCCCCUCCUUCGCCAUCAUGGCAAAAACAAAUGAUAGGACAUCAUUUACAUGAUGUACAUCAAGCCAUUACAGUGAUAAUAGUAAUUACAACAAGAACUGACAUAAUUUUUCUAGUCAUUUAUGAUAAUAAUGACGGUUGUUUGUAAUAUGACUAUAUUAUUAUUAUUAUGAUGAUGAUGAUGAAGGACUAGACGGUAACUAAUGGGAAAGCAACUGAUUAUGAUGAUGAUCCAGAGUGUAGUGCUCGAAAAGCGGUAACGAUAACAUACGCAACGACAGCAAACGCGUAACGAAAACUUACUGUUAUGACGAAAAAAACGUAAUAUAAAAAUAAUAAUAAUAAUAGAAUGUGUCGUCAAUGGUGGUGACGACGACAACCAACAACAAACACCCCAUCAGAACUAUCAACAAUAACAGAAAGUAGCAGUGAGGGUCUUUCAGUAUCUUCAUUGGUGACGGACCCAUAUAAAUAUGUGCAAUGAAUGAAAUAAAAUUCAUUCUUACGGAUCCUUAAACGCCCAUCGCAUAAACAAGCGUGGUCAACUGGUAAAUGCUACUGCGCUACCGGAACAACUCGAAGUUAUAAUUCGCCAGUAGAAAAGGCAUGAAACUGUCCGCCAAAGGAUUAGCAGACAGCUAUGUUAAGAUUGUAGCAUUAUAAACAGACGAAAUCGUCAAUGCGUGCCGUCCUUCCAACGAGAGGCCGACUACGCAAACUCAUAAGAUGAAACAGGAUAAAUUUGACCGCAGGUAUUUCGACUUGGACAUUUUGCAGUUUUUCUCCUUAAUUGUUCGAUUCCUCCCUCGCUCUUUAUUCGAGUUCUAGGGUUCAUUAAUAACAUUACUAUUCUAUCAUUACUCGCUGAUUAUGCGACACAUAAUAAAUAAAUCAAGAAUAACACUGACAAUACGAACAUUGAUAUUAAUUAUAUAUAUAUAUAUAUAUCGUUGUACUUCUUCAGUCUCAGUGCAGACACUUUCGAACGAUGGCGCACCACGUAUUUCGCUCUCGCUCUCUCGCUCUCUCUAUCUCUCUCUCUCUCUCUCUCUCUCUCUCUCUGAGGUUAAACUUUUCUCUCACUUCAGACACACAGUUAAUGACGAUGAUGAUGAUGAUGAUGAUGAUGAUGAUGAUGAUGCUUAUCAUAAACUAUUGUUCUUAUAUAUUUAUUAUCCUUCUUACAAGAUUAGUCAUUAAGCAAGCCAGCAACAAUGUAAUCCUAUUGCCAACAUAUAAACGAAAUGGUUACGAAAAUACGUCUCUCUAAACGCGGAUCGUUCCCUAAAAUAAUGCUAGCGACAUGUAAAACAAAACGUAUUGAAACUAUUCAUAAUAACUUACGAUAACAGAAUUCCCUAUUCUGACUGUGCUAGAAAUAAAAAUACUACCGCUGACAAAAUGCAGAGAAGGGCCUAAAGCACGACACAUUGACAGAUCGCAGCUGUAAAGAAGAGCCGAAUGACAUAAUCACAGCGACCGCUAGAGAUGGAAGGUAAAAGAGCAAUCAUAUGGAUGAUUAUUAUCAACAAUAAUUAUGGUGAGACUGAAAAACUAGUCAGCAAGGUAACGAUUAAGGAGAUGAAGAUGAUUUGUUGAUGUCGGCAAUGGUCUCUUUUGGCGCUCCGGUCUUCUUGAAUCCAGAUGCAUUGGACUAUAUAUUUUCACCUUGCAACGCCAACAGCGUUGCCGAAGCCAUCAUGGAUGAAUGAAACAAUAGGCAUGUACAUUGCUAUUGACAAGCAGGUUGCCCACUGCAAUAUUGGACUUGAUUGAUUAUUCGACAGAGGUUCGACUUCACUCACAAUCACUUAAUUCGUUGGACAAAUGGCUUGACGCGGUAUGCAAUAAGAACUCGCGUUGCUCAAUUAUCAACACAUGACCUACGCGAGUCCCCAGUAUCUGAUGAUCAGAUACUGUUAAGCACUCGUGGCAAUUAUUGCCGAUCCGAGAACGUAUCAAACCCUUCUGAUCGAAGUAUCUUUAGGCGUUCGCCAACUCCCUUCUACACACACAAGCUACAAUUGCACAGAAAGUCCGAAACAAUGUACGUGUUUACGGGAGACCCUGUAACGCUAGGUACCACUAGUUGGAGUAGUUUCGGAAUAGUGCGCCGUGACCGUUUGUGGCCAGACUAGAGUGCACGAGUAACGUAUCUCUCAUUCGAUUGAGCUGAUUACUAUCAGCGCCAUUAUGAAUAGCAGCUCCAUAUUGGUACCGGUCCAGGUUUGAAACCGUCUCGUGGACUUUAUUUUAUAUAUAUGCCCGACAGAGGCCUUGGUAGAUGCGUGUUACGAGAACAGUGGCACUCUAUUCUAUACAAAUGUGGUUUGAAAUCUACGAUUAUGGCGGAGCGGCCCUUGUACGCAAUGCCAUGGGUGUUGGCAUUCUCUAAUAGUCAGAAACGAAAAACCAGAGAUAGCGAAGCUGAGAAGACUCUGACUUGCGUGUCUGCAUCGGGGCUUGUUUAAGGGCUCGAGAUUUAAGGACACUGAAACCCCAAUACUGUACAUAAUGACCGAUAACCCGUUUCCUCGUUUGACCGUGCAAGGACGAGACGUAAUGUCAUGUUUGUAUAACUGAUGCAACUUGUUUUACACUCUAAUAUUACUGGACGCGGUAACACAUCCAUACACACUCAUCCAUACUUCAUCAGUCCAUCCAUCGCUUACACUCGACGAUCUACUAUUCAGACAGUAACGUAUAAACGAUGCAGCAUUGAAUGCCUAGGCAGCGAGGAAACAGACGAAAAUAUAAUAUAAGUCCAGCAACUUCGAAUAUGAAACCCUUGUAAAACUUUCAAAAUAGUAAGUUCAGAAUACAGUCAUUACAUACAAGCACCGACCCAAUUUGAUGUCUCUCCUUAAAGUGGUACCUCAAAGGUACAGCCUAGACAUCUACUACCUUAAAUCAAAUGCUACAGCAUUUUUUUUUUUAAUUUUAAUAAUUUCAUACCGAUUUUCAAUCAAUUCACAAAUCAGCCUUUAAUAAUAUCACUAGAGCAUGUUUUACUCUAUUCGGCGUAAUGCAAUUUUCAGUAACUCGUGUUCCUUAGCGGUUAGCAUAAUGUAAGGUCAAUGAUUCGCUCAGCAUCCAGUGCCAUUUCCGGUACGAUGUCUCUUCUACACUGUUACGAUGGAAGGGAUACAAAUAGCGAGAACAGUAAUAAUGAAAGCAAUGUACUUUCUUAUAUGUGAUGACAGUGAAGGAAGCUGGGCGAGGAAAGCGCACCUCAACGUUAACGAUGCCGUCUUGUGUCUUUUACUGGAUAACGAAAAGACCCACAACAGUGGUUGCGACGUUGCGCCCAUUUCCAAAACCCGGACGGCGCUUUCGGAUUUUGAAUUGCCGACCCUCCUUAGACACUGAAACUGGACAUGCGCAGAUUAAAGGUCACUGGUACUAAAUAGAAAUACAGUUAAAUAAACCUGAACCACAGACGAGUGAGGGCGAAUGCUACUUCUCAUUUCAAUUUGAGUACAAUUUAAGUACGAAGUAGCAUCAAUAAAUCAAAGGUGACUAGAGAACUCCACGCACGACGCGCACGCCCUCAGUACGCACAAGAGGGUCCAUGUUGUUUGAUAAUGAUUUUUUAAUCCGUAGUCGAACUUACAUAUCAAAUACAAGCGGCGCGUCAUCUCUAAUCACUAUGACUCCGUUUGACGGGCUGGUACGACGAUAUUAACGCACUGCACGUAAAUGUUGACCAGCCGUUUGGACGCUAUUUUCGAGAGCAUUGCCCAUAACAACAAUGGAUAAAGAGAGAAAAAUGGCUACGCGCAAGCUAUAAAUGCUGUGCUCAUUACUUUCCAAUGAAUUUAUUGUAUAGUUAGAACACCUCGAUGGGUUAUCAUGAUAAUGCACAUGUUUGCAUCAGAUCUCUCACUCGUCUCACAACAUGUUUUCCCAUUUACAUGAUUUUCGAUACGUGCUGCCCUUAACGUACAGUGUCAUAUGCAAUGUCUUCUAUCGGAGGGUCAGGGUGAUUACCGGAACUUGUUUAUAUAUAACCAGAUUGCUAUUCCUAAAAUAAUAUACACUAAUAAUUUAAAAUGGGUUAAUAUUAGACUAUUAUGAUAAUAAUAAACAUUAAUAACAGCAUUAAAAGCUUAGCGGUAUUAUUACUAAACUAUAAUAAAAAACAAGCAAACAAACAAACAAACAAACAAAUGGAGCAACUCAAAUAGAAAAAAAAAGCAUGUGUUAACGCAAGAGGAAGCAACGGACGAUUAUAUAUACAUAUAAUAACAAUUAAAAUGAUUACGAUUAUUAUUAUUAUGAUGGUGAUGAUGAUGGAAAUCACAUCAUUUAUACAUUAUUAUUAUUAUUGCAAUUACAAAAGUUAUGCACUAAGAAAUAGAGUAGAGCGGGAUAUUACUGCUAGUGAUGCGCUUUGAUUUGGAAUGAAACUAAAAAAUGGCAAUAGGGAAUAGUAAGAGCGUAAUGAUAAUGAUGAUUAAUACACAUGUUAGGUAUGCAAACGAAAAAUUUAUGGAAAAUAUACUUAAUGUUUCUGCUGGGAAAAAUCGUUUCUGCUCACAAUGAGACAGCAGACAGCACUACAGCGACACCUAUCGUCACAAUAAGAAUAAUAGUAUCGCUAGGUCAUGUAAGAGAGACGGCAGAAUUUCGAAAUGAGUAUGAAUGAGACAAAAUACCGAUUAUAGUAACGGAACAGCAGCGGGAAAAAAAAACAAAAAGCAGACGACCGUAAAAAAGGACGAUUGCUGUAAAAGGAGAGAAAGGUGAAAUGUACGAAAUAUAAAAGAAGCAGAGCAAAAGGGAACGAAAAAUAACGAGUAAAUGGAAAAAGCAAAAGUGCAGAAAUAUAUUACCAUGCUACACUACUGCUGUCGGUGAAGAGAGAAUGGGGGGCAUGGACGAACGAAGCAAGGAGAGGGGCACAGGAGAAGGGACGGUUUGAAACAACUCCUCACCUACGCGACGAUAGGCAUAGACAAACUCAGUCGUAGCUAUCGAUGAGGAAUAAAGGAAAGCAAACAAGACAGAGACUGUGUUUGUAUAAUUAGUAAUGAGUCGGUGGGAAUUAUAAUAUUAUUACCGGUAAUUAUAUUGAGAAUACUGUUGCUGACAUGAUCAGAUCACUAUACUAAUGGUGAGCAUGAGAUGAUAAUAUUGAUAAUAAUAAUUAUCAUUACAAUAACAAUAAUCACAAUAACUGAUAAACUACUGCAGAUAAAGAUAGCGCGAUGAGGAUGCGACGGUGAUCAAUUUGGUUGAUUAUUAUCAGUAUAAGGACGGUCAUAAUAACUAUUGCACGACAUUAAUCAUUAUUGCGGCAAAUUUCUAACGAUGGUAUCCUGGUAACAUAGCGAAAGAGAUAGACACGAAAAGCUACUGCGCUGAUGUGAAGCAUAAAAGAACGGAACGGCCAUCAAGAGAGAGGCGAGCUACUUUUUUGCUUUCGUGUGAGUCUGGUGUGUUGAGACGCGCCUCGCGCCCGACGCGAGGACAUCUCCUGCUUUCUGGGUAUAGCGUUGCGUACGUGUAGCAAGGGUGUAUUUAGCACCAGCAAAAAAAAAAAAA